UCACUCUCACCAUAGUGUCCUCAUAUUUCUCGGUAUUAGUGUCCCCAUUAAUGGUUUGCUUUCUUUCAUGUCAACACUGUCUCGCCAUGAUCACGACAUGACCACAUCAUUCAUUCAAAACUUCAUUUCUCUCACUCUCUCUAUAUAGGCACAAUCUCAUCUGGGUUGUCUCUACUUCAAUCAUUUUCUCUCAGAAGUGAUUCAGAAAUUACAGGGAGAAAAAAAAAAGGUACCAAAAGGUUCAUCAAUGGCGAGAAUGCCGGUGCGUUUUAAGAGGGUGGCGGCGGUUUUUGAUGAAUUGGCUAGAGCUAGGCUCUGCGACUGCGAGAGCAGUGGCAGCGAGCACUCGGCGGAGAGCUUAACUGAUCUGUCCGAUCUUGUGAAUUCUUUUCUUGAAAGAGACAAUUGUGUGGAGAUCAGAGAAGAGAUUGAUGAAGAAAAAGUGAGAAACAAAUAUGAAUCUGAAGGUAAUUGUUCUGAUUCAGAGAUGAAGGAUGAGUUGAAGAGUUUGCUGGCGUAUGAAGAUGAUGAUGAUGAUGUGAAGAGAGAAAUUCAUGCUGAAGCGGAAGAAGCGUGGAGAGUUGUCGGCGGAAGUUCGUCGCCGGAUUUCAACCGCCGGUUGAUGGCUCGGUUACGUGAGAGAGGUUUUGAUGCUGGUCUUUGCAAAUCAAAGUGGGAGAAAACUGGACGAUAUCCAUCUGGGAAUUAUGAGUACAUUGACGUUAACGUUGCCGGAACUCGAUACAUCGUUGAAGUCUUUCUAGCCGGAGAAUUCAAAAUUGCCCGGCCAACAGACCAUUACACUUCGUUACUGAACAUCUUUCCUCUAGUUUUUGUGGGUAAAAUAGAUGAGCUCAAGCAGGUUGUGAGAUUAAUGUGCAACGCUAUCAAGAAGUCUAUGAAAACAAUGGACAUGCAUGUACCACCUUGGAGGAGACAUGGCUACUUGCAGGCUAGGUGGUUCAGUUCUUACAAGCGUACGAUCAAAGAAAUACCCGCAAGAAAGGGUUCUGAUUGUUCCCAUGGUGACUUGACCGGAAAAAAAUUGGUUGGAUUUGUUGCUGUGCCUCCAAUUUCUUACUACUGCAGAGAAGAUUAUGCUUCUAAGGUUGGCUUGACAGUGGGUAAUUUGGCUAUGGUCUUGAAUGGCUCCAGCAUUCUUUAGUUUACAAGAUUAGUGCUUCUAUUUUUGGGCUGCAAUACGAAAUUAUGAACGGCUAGAAAAUUCAGGUCACAGCGUCACUGGCGUCUUCCAUUGCUUUUUUUUAAUUUAAAUGUAUAAAUUAGCAUUUUUAAGACUUAUUUGUUGGAUAAGGUCGUCCUUUUUGGUCCCCGCCUCUAUCUAAAGGUGUGUUUGGAUAAUAGAGAUUGUUUAGAUUAAAGAUUUUAAAAAAUAUUACUUUUUAUUCAUGCCAAACUCAUCUAUUACUGGACUAGUUAGUAUUUAAUAGUUAGAGAUAAUGAGAUAUGAGUAUUUUUUUAAAA